AUGCCCCCGGUUGCUAAAGCGCCACCGCCCAAGCCGCGUCCCGGGCAGGCCCGCCGAACAAUCUAUCGUGGCCGUAUCGAAGGUCUCGGCAGCCCCGUGCCAACCUCUCUUCGUGCAUCCACGCCUACACUGGUACGAGCAACCACCCCGGCUACACAACCGCAAACUCGUGCAAAGUUACUGUGUCCCAACCCCGACUGCCCGGACCGCUCCAAAGUCAGCCGUACCGACCAGGGUCUCAUCUGCGAAACUUGUGGUGCCCUUGUGCAGGAAGAAUCUGGUCUUGUCAGUGAACAAGGCUUUGGCGAGACUGAUUCAGGUCGUAUUGUUGCUACAGGUGUUCAGGUCGGCCAAGAUCAAACCCACCAGAGGACUUUUACCUCGGGAGGCGCCUUCGGAAAUGCUGGUCGCGAAGCAACUUCGAGCAGUGACCGUACCAGAAUCCAGGCGAGAAGCAUCAUGACCUCUUAUUGUCCCAUUUUCAACAUCCAAAGCUCCGAGGUGGAGAGAGGCAUGCUAUGUUUCGGCCUCGCUGUCACAAAUGGUUUUCUUGCAGGCAGAACCAUCGAAUCUGUCGCCGUCGCAUCACUCUAUAUCGCUUGUCGGCGCAAGAAAGAGCAAGUUCAAGGAGUCCAGAGACCUGUCUACAGCCUCAUGUUGAUCGAUUUCGCCGAGAAACUCAAUAUGGAUGUCUUUGCCCUCGGCAAGAUAUAUCGCGACCUCUACGAGAAGCUCUGGUACGACAAGAAAACCGGGUCGUGGAAAGAUGAGACGGCAUCAAUAGAUUUCCAAGGCAUGGACCCCGCCGUGCUGGUGCCCAAAUUCGUCAAAGAGCUGGAAUUCGACAGGAGAGACGAGCUCAAGAUCCAGUACGACGCUAUUCAGAUCAUCAAGCGCAUGAAGCGGGACUGGAUCCAUGCUGGCCGUAGACCUUCCGGUGUUUGUGGAGCGGCUGUUCUUCUGGCUGCUCGGAUGAACAACUACCGACGCACCACUAGAGAGGUCGUGCUGAUGGCAAAGGUCACUGAGAUCACCCUCAAUAAGCGACUCCAGGAGUUCCACGACACAAAAGCCAGUAACCUUUCCGUUACGAACUUCUUGCAGGAAGCGAAGAGUUGGGAGGAUGUCCCGCUGGGCUACCAUUAUCUGGAUGAGCAGCAGCCGCCUAUUGUGAAGCAACAGAUGAAGACCAAACAAAAGAAGAAAAGAGGACGUCCUCGAAAGCGACCCCUUCCAGAGACUGCAGCUGAAAUUGAAGGAGAAGCCGCUGCCAUUGAGCCGCCAACUUCAAAUACAGAACAGUCACAUCCGGCGAAGCGAGUUCGAAUUGAUGCAGAAGGCUACAAGAUUCCGGAAAUCCCAACGCGGCGGACAGAGGCAGAGUCAUCACAGAGUAUCGACAAGACACCAAUAGACCCGCAGCUCGAGGACAUUGCUUCUGAUUCCUUGCGAGGAGAGGAGGAAUCUGCUUCGCAAACCACAGAAGACAACGCAGAUGCUUCUCCUCCUCCGGCUGACGGCCAAGAAGCGAAUGCCGAUAUCGAGCGACCUCGCAGGAAAACCAGAGGUCCAAGUUGGCAACCUCCGGCCCCCAGCACCGCCGAGAUAGCCAUGGAGGCUGGUAUAGAGAACGCUAUGGAUGAGACAUUUGUUGACAAUGCUGAACUCAGUGAUAGGCUUGGAGUGCGUCCUUCCGGCGGGACCUAUGUAUCACAGCCCGGCGCCUCUAGUGACGAUGCACAAAAUCCUUUAAUAGGACAACAUGAUGUUCGGCAUGAUCCUAUGGAUCUCGACACCGACCCAACCCAAACUGUCCCCCCACACCCAAAGGACAAGAUUCUCGGUCCGCCUGUAAAUACCUCUAUCGGCAAUUUCGGCCACGUCUCUCUUUCCCCGAUACUCAAGCCAGAUGAGUUCGACUCGGAUGAGGAUGUCGCUACCUGCAUCUUGACAGAAGAAGAGUCCCGCAUCAAAGAGAGGGUUUGGGUGAGCAUGAAUGCCGACUGGCUGAGAAAAGAUCACGCGAAGCGCAUAAGGAAAGAGCUGAAGGACGCCGAAAUGAGAGCAAAAGGGCUAGACCCUGCCGAAGAAGAGCGCAAGAAGAAGGCAGCCAAGGGGAAGAGAAAGGAUGGCACCCGGCGGCCAGGACGAAGGGGUGAUGUCAGUUAUCUGAACGAGCAGGGUCGAAAGAGGAAGCCUCCUGCCGAGGAAGGUGAAGGCGCCGGGGGACGCCAGGAACAAGAAGAUGGUGGAGCCGAUGAGGCAGAAGAUGGCGCUAGACCUGAAGAACCACCGAGAACUGCCGCCAGAGCUGUCCGGUUGAUGCUGGAGAACCGUCGUACAUAUUCGCACAGAAUUAACUACGAUGCUGUUGACCACAUAUUCGCCACCACCAGCACAAGCGAGGAAAGCGCCGAGUCACGCAGCGCAACAGGCGAUGGUGAAAGUCGAAGUGGCAGCGUCGCCGCGUCCGCGGGGACACAACAGACCAGUAGAGAGGGUAGCGUUUCAACACCUGCGCCAGACAACAACAACAACAACAACAACAACAUUCCUGUCAGACACUCGACUCUAUUUCGCGGGAACAAGCCCCGAGCAAAGAAGCGCGGUCCCGCCGCUGCCGGGCAAAGAGAGAAGGAGAGACAAGCGAGGAAUGCACAGAAGAAGCCCAAGACAAGUGCAGGGCCCUCGGCAGACCGAUCGGCUUCGAGAAGUCGAAGCACGAGCACGCCUGCUUCUGGGGUUUCUGGGCCAUCGCCAGGACCUCAUUCGCAGAACCUAGGACAGGGGGAAGCGCAACAGCAAGCACCAAUCGCAGGUCCUCUUCCAACCCCACCCGGUAGAGACAAACAAGUUGGGCCCCAAAUACCAGGCAUUAUUCCCACCGCUUCGAUAUCAACAGCGCAUGCCAAUCAUCCCGGUCCACAGAUACCCAGCUUGAGGUCCACGGCUCCGAUUCCAACGCCGCCAGCCACGCAGCUUGGACCAAUGAUCCCAAGCAUAAGAAGCAGCGGUGCGCAACAAGGUCGGAGCUCCUAUGCAGGUGGGGCAUCAGAGGCGAACCCAACCCAAACUAGCAGACAUGGAUCUAAAUCUGCUUCUCCCGGAGAGGCUAAAGCACAGGGAGAAGCAGGCCCCCAAGAAGACGAGCUCGAGGCUGCAUUGGAGGGACGCUAUCGAGCAGGCACUUCGGAAGGCGAAUAUGAAGACGAAGAUGAGGAUGAUGAUGAUGAAGAUGAAGAGGACGAGGACGAAGAGGACGAUGGUGAGGACGAAGCAUAA